UUUUUUUUUUUUUUUUUUGGUAUGUUUAUUGUUUUUAUUAUUAUUAUUAUGUUCGUCGAUAUAAUUUCCGUCAAACGCGGCGUACGAAAAUAUUACGGUUAAUAAAAUAUGAACGAGUUGCGAGUUGUGUUUGUUCCCGUUGUCCGCGAUCGCCGCGUGCCGGAAAACGCGUGGAAAAAUCGCGCGGCACUUUCCGCAGCGAAAUGACUGCGGUAGAACGCGCGCUACUCGCGGUCGUCGUUUUCGCCGCGGCGGCAUCGACUUUAAUGUCGUGUGCAGACACUUCGGCGAGGAUUUUGGGACGGCACUAUUCGAACAUUUGGCGCCAUCAGAAGAGGCAAACGACCGGUGGCAGCGGAUGGCGCGACCUCGACUACGGCAACUUGACGGACGCGAUCCGUGACAUCAUCGUGGCCAUGGCGGUCGACUGCAGCACACUAGCCGUACAUUCAGAUGCUGCUGCAGAUUUCCUAAGUAAUACAAUUAAGUCACUACACGGAAGGGGUGUGACAACGACUCACCACGCAUUAUUAACAGUGGAUCACGUACAAUUGCUUUUAGACGACAUCCGGGACGCGGUGAAAACGGGAAAACGAAAGUCUUACGUAGUGUUUUCGACGUCGGAACUGAUGGAGAGCAUACUGAGCACCGUAAUGUAUACAGCGCAUUUGCGUGAAAUCAUCCGGAAGAACAGCCUCAUGUCUCGGGACGUGGUUUACGUGUUCCUGUGGCUCCGGUCGACUGUCAGCCGAACGUUCAAGUCCGACAUAUCCGAGGCGAUGCGCGUGUGCGUCAUCACCAGUCCCAGGCCGGGAUUCUACCAGAUUUAUUACAGCCAGGCCACGGCUAACGUCAGACACGGAUCGGAACUGAAAAUGGUCAAUUGGUGGUCGGCCGUAGACGGAUUGGUCAGGUUCCCGCUGCUGCCGCCACCCGAACGGGUGUACACGAAUUUCGAAGGCAGACGUUUCGUUGUUCCCGUUCUACACAAGCCACCGUGGAUGUUCGUCGAGUAUUUAAACGACAGUUUCCGAGUGGACGGUGGACGAGACGAUAAACUCAUAAAUUUGUUGGCCGAUAAGCUAAAUUUUCGAUUCACUUACGUAGAUCCACCCGAUCGCACUCAAGGUUCGGGACUGGAUCGCGGGUCGUCCAUGCAAGGAGUGUUGGGUUUAAUCGGACAAAGGGAGGCAGAUUGGUUCGUCGGAGAUUUGUCCAUCACGUACGAACGCAACUUGGUGGUAGACUUCUCGUUCCUCACGCUGGUCGACAACGAAGCGUUCCUGACACACGCGCCCGGACGUUUGAACGAAGCAUUUUCGCUCAUCAGACCGUUUCAUUGGUCGGUUUGGCCGCUGCUGUUGAUCACGGUGGUUUUCGCCGGUCCAAUACUGUACAUACUGAUCGAUUCGACCGACGGUCAUCCCCAAGGGAAAUCUUUGCUGUACUGGAAAUGCGUGUGGUGGUCUGUCACGGUUUUCCUACAACAGGCUGCGAUUAUUCCAUCGGACAACAAUAAGAUCCGAUUUGUGGCCGGCUUAUUAAUGUUAACGGCUACGUAUGUGAUCGGCGACAUGUAUUCAGCUAGUCUCACGUCAAUAUUAGCAAGACCACCAAAAGAGCCUCCCAUCAAUACUCUAGACGAACUGUCCAAAGCUAUGCGUGACUCCGGCUUACAGUUAUUGGUUGAAGUCCAAAGUGCUUCGCAAGCAAUGUUAGAAAACGGUACUGGAGUUUACGAAGAACUAUCAAUGCUCGUUUCUCAUCAGCAAGAGUACCUCAUAGGGUCUACCGAAAAAGGAAUGCAAUUAGUCAGGGACAACAAGAACUAUGCAGUCAUCGGUGGCCGAGAGACAUUUUACUACGAUAUCAAACGAUUUGGUGCCCAGCAUUUUCAUCUAAGUGAAAAGUUAAACACCAGAUAUUCAGCAAUUGCGUUUCAACGAGCAUGUCCAUACAGAGAUAACUUUAACGAUGUCUUGAUGCGGCUGUUCGAGGGUGGCAUUUUGUCGAAAAUCACUGAGGAAGAAUACCAGAAACUGAACGACAAGUUAAUGGGGUCGGAAAAAUAUGACGCGACGUCCGUGGUGGUUGAACCGGUGCUCGAAGGGUCGGAACCCCGGCAGGACGACGACGACAAACAGCUGACCAUAGCCAUGUCCAUGAAAACGUUGCAGGGAGCGUUCUACGUGCUGGCGAUCGGCUCGAUGUUGGCAGGGUUAUUGCUUUUGAUAGAGAUCAGGUCGUACGGGAAGUUGAAAAACGACGAACACAUCAAAAACGAACGCCUCAUAGCUCCGUUCGUCUACAAACGUAAACUACCCAGGAAAUUUCAAAGUGGAUUGUACAACAUAGUAGAAUGAUAAUUUUUUCUUAGCUAUCGUACAUAAUAUGUAGUUUUAGUAUAUUAAAUUAUUGAACGAUAAAUUAUUG